AUGUCGCGAUACGACCGAAGAAGGGUCAACGGGCCUUCGAGCUACGUUCCUGUCUACGACAACAAUGCAUCCACUUCGAAUGCCUCCGGCUCGACCCCGACGCUGACGACUUCGGCACAACGACCCGACGGUCGAGCCUAUACGCAGCUGCGACCCAUCUUUCUGCAGACCAACCUGGUGCCCUCGGCAUCUGGCAGCUCGUACGUCGAGAUUGGCGACCUCAAGCUGGCGUGCUCCGUGUUUGGGCCCAGGCAGGUCAAAGGACGCCAGUAUAGCGGCAAGGCGGAGCUCAAUGUCGAAGUCAAGUUCGCUCCGUUCUCCUCGAGACGACGAAGGCAACCCGGAAAGGCGUUGCUACCUUCUCUACGAUUGGACUUGCUUCCCAAAGCGUCGUUGGACAUCCACAUUAUGGUGCUACAAACGGACGGGUUGGAGGAGUCGUGCAUUGCUGCGGCAUGUAUGGCUGCAUCAACCGCUCUCGCUUCCGCAGGUAUCGAGAUGUACGGUCUCGUAGUCGGUACUGUUGCUCUGGUUCCAGCACAGAGCUCGGGCGAGCAACGCGUGCUGCUCGACCCAAGCUCGGCGGACAUCGGUCUGGUGACGGGCAUGAAGACCUCAACGCGUGUGCUGCUGUGCGGUAUGCCAGCUCUUGCUUCGGUGACGUGUCUCAACGUCUCUGCAGGCUCGACGCAGCUGUCCUCGGCGAAGAAGGACGCAGGCUCAAAUGCGGUCCUUACGGCAGGCCUAGAUGCAGAUACUCUAGAUCACGCUCUUGAGGCGGCAAACGCCGGCCUGGUCGACAUCCAUAAAGUCGUAGCUCAAGCCCUCGCUAACGAUUUCCAGCGUCGAACCGCCGUCUCAACCUCGUCGUAA